AUGAGUCCGGGAAAUGAUACACCAUUUUCUCCAACCGCAAGCGAUUCCAACAUCACCGCUAUCGUUCAUGAUGCCUACGACAUCACCCGUCCUCCCAAUCAUCCGGGAGCAGGCUGGACACGAUUUGUGUGUAUCUCCGAUACUCACUCACAUAUCUUCUCGGUGCCUUCCGGGGACGUCUUGCUACACGCUGGCGACUUGAGCAGACACGGGACACUGAAGGAUCUGGAGGUCACGAUCAACUGGUUGAAGAUGCUCCCGCAUCCUGCGAAGUUUUUUGUGGCUGGCAACCAUGAUUUGUGUUUAGACGCUAAUUACGAACGAGGCGGUUCUCUGCGACAGUUCAAGCCUCCGGACCUGAGAGACGAGGAUAUGUCAGCUGGGCGAAAGCUCGUUCGUGGCUGGGCGCUGCGGAAAGCUGGGAUGUUUUACCUCGAGCACGGGGCUGCUGUCUAUACAUCGAAGAGUGGAAGAGGAUAUACAAUAUAUGGUUCUCCCGCUGCACCUUUUUACUCCAUCGGAUCGUUUCAAUAUGCGAAAGGCGAAGGAAAGGCCAUAUAUGAUCGCAUCCCCGCAUCCACAGAUAUCCUCAUAACGCAUACACCUCCGCUGGGCUGCUGCGACGUCACACGUCAUGGAGCCAGCGCGGGAUGCCCGGAGCUGGCAGAGCGUCUUGAACGCAGCGACCUGCAGAACUGCAGAUUGCACGUCUACGGGCAUAUCCAUGAGGCUCGCGGCGUAGCGAUCGUUGGGCGGACCAAGAAGAAUCCUCAUGGGAGGGUGUCUGUCAAUGCGGCCCUCCUGCGGAUGCCCCUGCCGAUCAUCGUUGACCUCAAAGACUAG